AUGUGUUCGCUCUCAGGUCACUUCACAUCUGAGUACAUGCGCCCCACACGAGCGUGUCAGCGGGCGGUGACCCCGUCGGUGUCGCAGCGCAGUGCGACUCCUUUCACAGUAGGCGCUUCCCGCCUAGCAGCGCUUUCUGCAUCUCACAAUGCCUCAACCAACUCCGGAGUUAUUCGUUGUUAUCGUAGCGCACACGCAAGCUGCUUCUUUUUGCUCACUUCUACGCUGCCGCCGUCGCUGCAGUGCAGCCGCGCCUCGAUCAAAUCUCGUUCACUGUCCCCUGACGACCCCUUUGGCGAGAAGAGCAGCUGGGAGGACCCCAGCGACGGUCUCUUCUCCGCCUGGAAAGACGCCGACCAGGAGGGCUUCGUCAACGCGACGCAGAGCGCGUCGGUGCGUCACGCGCACUUCGGUCCGGAAUGGGCUCGCUUCACCACUGUAGGCCGCCUCUCGGUGAAGAAGAUGAAGGAGGAACAGGCUGUCCAACCGCACCAACUGCCGUCAUCCGCGGCGGAGACUGAGGGCGAUGCAGAAGGAACAGCAGGAACAACUGCGACUACCGCUCCAAAGCGCUACCCUUCCGCAGAGGAGCUGCAUGAGGCGGAGUUGAAGGCGAAACGUCGUUUGCUGGAGCGCAAUUACAUGAGCUACGAAGCGUUUGUUGAGCAUGAGUUGGGUGCCGGGGAGGGAUUCUCAGAGAACACGGUAAGCGAGACGAUCGAUGGCGCAGGUGCGGGAGCGGAGCUGUACUCUGCAGCUUCGAUGGAGAGCGCUUUUUCUGCCGUUGAGGGUGUGGACGGCCGCGAUCGCAUGGCGCAGCGCAACAUCGAGCGAGAGGCGCUGGACACCAUUGAGGCAGCGGAGGUCGAGGAGACGGUUCCACUGCCCAACUUUAUGUUUGACGCCGAUACUCGGAGAGGAUCUCCAGCUGCUGGCGCGGUGGAGAAUGAAACAGCAUCCGCGUUUGAGUUAGGAAACGAGGAUAGUGUUCUUGAGAAGCACAACGCUAAAGAAAUAGACGACAUGCCUGCUACUGCAUCGGUUCCCCCGUUCGCAACCCAAACUGGUAGUUCUCCCACUUCCGUAGCACGACCGUCUCAAUCAACCGCCACGCCGAGCUCCACCAUCCCCACCUCCGUCGUGCACCAGGUCCUGCGCGCCCUUGGCGCUCCGCACGGCGACGCACAAAUUCCUCUCACCGACCCCAUGCACUGGGAGACUGAAGACAUCAUAUUCUUCAUCUCUGCUAUGGAGCGGCGCCCUGCCGACGUCGAUGCAGAGACGCCGCGUGACGCGUGGACCACCAUGGACAAUACGAUGAGCGACGCCUUCCGCAUGGCCAAAACCACCGGAGACACGCUAUUGAACGUUGUGGUGCCGCCGCGACUCUUUCGUGUGAUGCGGCGCUGGCACGUCCGACGUCAGGAUGUGGUGAACAAGGCGUGGAGGCACUACCACGAGACGUUGGCUUCUGCGAUGCCAAGUGCCGGCUCCACCGCGCAGUCUUCCGCAAGCAAUGAUGGCGUUUUUGAGUUACCACAGGCGAUCGUGGUGGCGGCAGUCGAGGAGAGUUGUGCGAAGCUAGACGAGGCGGUGCAGCCGCUAGAUCGCAUCCUCAUCCAGGAAACGAUCCUGCUGUGCUUUCCAUACGGGCAUUGA